AUGGCGUCGUUCACGAUGCGCCCGUCGACGUCGACCUCGCGAGGCGUCGCGUCGACGAACGACGGGCGGCGACGCCUCGCUCGCGCGCGCGCGGCGCUCGCGUCGCGCGUCGUCGUCCGAGGCACUCGAACGGGCUCGACGGACCCGACGCCCACGCCUGCGCGCGCCGUGGUCCGUCGCGCGUCCGCGUCGAGCGCGCGCGAUGACGCGUCGUCGUCGGCGGCGUCACCGAUCGGGAGCUCGCCGUUGGAGCGCGCGGAGGCGAUCGCGCGGGCGUGGUUGACGCGGCGCGCGCGCGGGUGGACGCCGCCAAAGUUUUUGUGGCGCGCCACGGCGACGGCGUUGUUGUUCGGAAGCGUGCUGUAUCGGUUGGUGCGGGAGCCGAAACGGGUGAAUUGGGAGCAGACGUUACAGCAAAUCGCGCGCGUCGGGCCGCAGACCCUGGGGGUGUCGCUUCUCACGAGCUCAUUCGUCGGGAUGGUUUUUACGAUUCAGUUUUGUAAGGAGUUCGCAAAGGUUGGGUUGAAGAACGCUAUCGGGGGAUUGCUCGGUCUGGCGUUCGCGCGAGAGCUCACGCCGGUGAUUUGUGCGAUCGUUCUCACGGGGCGCAUCGGGAGCUCGAUCGCGGCGGAGCUCGGGACGAUGCAGGUGACGGAGCAGGUGGACCAGCUCACGGUGCUCGGGACGGAUCCGGUGGAUUAUCUCGUGAUACCGCGCGUGAUCGCGUGUUCGAUCUCGCUCCCGAUCCUGAGCGUGCUGUCGUUCGCGCAAUCCCUCGGGGCGUCCAUCCUACUCGCGGAUUUGCGCUACGGGGUGUCGCCAAACGUCAUCAUCGACAGCGUGGCCAAGUACGUGGAGCCGAGCGACAUCGGUGUCAUGGCGGCGAAGUCCAUCGCCUUCGGCGCCGUCAUCGCCGCCAUCUCGUGCGGAUGGGGAACGACGACGACCGGUGGGGCCAAGGGCGUGGGCGAGAGCACGACGGCGAGCGUCGUCAUCAGUCUCACCGCCAUCUUUGUCGUCGAUUUCGUCCUGUCGCUCGUCUUCUUCCAAAAGUAG